AUGGUGAACUUGACGGAAGGCGGAAACGUCACUGUGAUGGAGACACUGCUUUCUGCAAACAUACGUGUAGGUUUCUACAUUGCGAUAGCAGCUGUAAAUAUUGUUUUCUCCAUCACGGCAUCUCUGGGCAACAUUCUGAUCCUGAUUGCUCUUCGCAAUGUGACUUCUAUUCAUCCGCCGACAAAACUGUUGUUUCAAUGCUUGGCCAUCACUGAUCUUGGAGUUGGUCUCAUUUCCCAGCCGCUCAUGGCCACCCUGAUGCUCCUGGUUGAUAAUAUUGACAUCAAAAUUUUGAAUAUCAUGUCGUCCCAUCUAUUCUCGUCUUUAUCCGUUGCUUUUUGUGGAGUAUCGGUUUUCGCAUCAACUGCCCUGAGUGUGGACAGACUUCUCGCCCUGUUGUUGGGGUUGAGGUACAGACACGUUGUAACACUGAAGGGAGUUCGAGCAGUUCUUGCCUGUGGUUGUUUAACCACUUUAUCGACUGUGUUGGUUUGGAAUUUUAGGGUAAAAACUGACACUAUUAUAAUUACAAUUUUCUUGGCACUUUGUCUCAUUAUCGCGCUGUUCUCGUACACGAAGAUCGUCCUUAGACUUCGGCAACAUCAGUCCAGCGUACGAGACAAUGUCCAGCAAGGACAAGCGAACACAGAAGGAAUUCCAUUGAACUUAGAACGAUAUAGGAGGACUGUUGUAAGCAUAGCUUUGGUGCAACUGGCAUUAUUCAUAUGCUAUUUUCCAUUUCUUAUUUUCCGUAUCGUGACUCAUCUGAAGGAUAUUCACCCUGGCCUAUAUUUACUUUGGUAUUCUCAUACUACCACUCUCGUUUUCCUUAACUCGUCUUUAAACCCGGGUCUGUACUGCUGGAGGAUCAAAGAAAUACGACAAGCAGUGAAAGGCACAAUCAGAAGGUUUUGCGCCUGUUUAAGU